AUGGAUUUUAAGGUCUUGAAAUGGCAAAUUCGUCGUGGGUCAUUGAUGAGGCGUUUGAUCCUCAAAAUGCUUAUGUUUGGGGCUGGAUUGAUUGUUAUUUCGUUUGUUCAAAUGGGCCAUGAGGUCCAAUUUUCUGAGCCCUGUAUGCUUAAUGAGAGUGAAUGCCCAUUGAACUUUGGGCAUCUCAGCUUUAAUUUCACCCAUCUGUUUGGGGUGUUGCCAGUGCCAUGCAAAGAGAAUGAGGUUUUGGCCAAGAAUGUGUUCCAGGAGCUAAUGGUGAAUAGUUUCUUGGAUUCUGAUGUGAAGGCACUGUGUGUGGGAGAGGGCUCAGAUGCAGCUGUUUUGGCCUUGAGGGAGCUGGGAUUCUCUGAUGUUUCUGGUGUUAAUAGGCACCCCUUUUUCUCCCUCUUCAAGAGGAGAUUCGUGUAUGAGCUCGAGUUUGGGGAUAGUUCUUUUGAUUUCGUGUUCUCUAGAGCUCUCGAUAGGGUCUCCGUGCCAGCUCUUCUUGUGCUCGAGAUUGAGCGUGUUCUGCGUGCUGGUGGCACAGGCGCUAUGCUUCUUGGUGCCAAUGGUUUCACCUCGGGAAACUUGGUUAGGUCUGCAACUCCAGUUUCGUCCUUCUUGAAGAGCUCUGAUGUUGUUCACGUAUGCCCCGUUGGGCCCUAUGUCCUAGUUCUGUUCAAGAAAAGAUUCCAAGGCGUGGCUCUCUUUGAUCAGUUUAAACUGCCUGAUCAUUGCCCCUCGGUUAUGAACAACAAACCCUUUAUGCCAUACAUUGAACCCGUUGGCAACAAAAAUCCAGCCAAGUUUGAUGCAAACAUCUCGUAUUUGCCCAACUUAAUGAAUAUCUCAUCGAGGAACAAGCUGGUAUAUAUAAAUGUUGGAGCAGGGGAGCUCGUGGAUGCAGCCAUUACUAAAAUGUUCAGUGCUCAUUACCCUAUUCCCCAGCACGCGUUAGAUGUUUAUGUCAUCGAUCACAACACCACUGCCCUCUCGUUGUAUGUGAAAACUCCUGGCAUCACAUUCGUUUACCAUCCAAAACUUGCGGGAGAGGAGACUGCACCGUCGUCCGCUAACUACACUGAUGAUUAUCUUGGCGACGACAAAGACUUUGACUUUGUGCGCUGGUUCGAUGAAACAGUGAACGAUGGGGAGUUCGUGGUGCUUAUGAUGAAUGCUCGGGCAGCAGAGUUGCAGAUUCUCGACGACUUGUUCAGAACCGGAUUGAUAUGCAGAGUUGAUGAACUCUUCCUUCGCUGCUCGGAUGCUGCAGUUUGGAAGCCUGCCAGGUGUGGCGACUGCACGAGCCUUUUCAAAGGUCUCAAAAACCGUGGCGUCUUUGCUCACUGGCUGGGAGAGUGA